ACCAGUUUUAAAUACUUUUUAAAAAUAAAGUGUUUGGACUGUGUAACACUGGAACGGAAUCAGAGAAAGGGUUCUAAAUCUAUGUUGCUUUUAAAUGGAAACCUAGUUGAAGUGAGGGUUGACAGCUGGUCCGGAAAUCAGAGCCAUGAAGAAGUAGGAUGAUUCGGUCUACUACUCGUCUGGGUGCUCCUUCAAUUGUGUCCCUCAGCAAAGCAAACACUAGGCAAUUUUACGGAACCAGCAAGAUGAACAAAAACAAACUGAUCCAUGAUUUCCUGGAAGUGGUUUCCAGGGGUGACGUGGAAGGCAUCUGUGGCCAUAUUCCAGAAGUCCAUUCAGUCCUUGGAAACCUUGACUUUCAGCACCCACAGACUGGAAAUACGCCUCUCAUCACAGCAGCAGAAGAAAAUCUGUCAGAGGUUGUUGAGAUUCUUCUGGAGAGGGGAGCGGAUAUCACCCUCUGCAAUUACAGCAAUCAAACUGCAGUCCACGUGGCUAAUAGUGACAUCCGGAGACAGCUCUUGGCAAGCAAGAGAAUUCAAGCUCCCCAAAUGCAGCUUCUAAGAAGUUCGUGGCAAGGUGAUCUGGAACAGCUUCAACACUUGCUGGCAUCCGAAGAUUUCCUGGAUAUAAACUUCCCAAACCUGCACGGCCUGACCCCUCUGAUGCUGGCUGUGAGAGAUGUGGACCUGUUUGAGAGUCUGGAUGUCUUAACAGUGUACAAACCGGCCGAAGUUCUAGCCGAGCUCCUCAGGCAUCACGCAGAUCCUAAGCUUUGUGAUUUCAGUGGCAAGUCAGCCAUACAUUAUGUGUCACAAAUUGAAAGCUGGAGGAAGCAGCAGUUACUGGACAUCCUGAUGGAUUCUAUGCCCAAACCAGAGAGACACGCGGAGUCACUGCUUGACAUUUGUCAUGAGACAAGCUCUUCUCCAACGCAUGGGACAGCUUCCAAAAUGGAAAACCUCGUCCUGCGGAGCGUCAGCAGCAGUGAGGACUUUGACCUUGAAGAUGACUGCAAUCUGUCCAUUCUGGCUGGGGAAGGAGGAGCUCCCAGGGGUGGAGACUGGCCAUGCCAGACAGAAGGUGUUGAGAUUAUUGUGACAUUUCCACCAGAUUUUCCCCAAGAAACAAGUCAAGAAGACUUGAGAGAAACCAAUCAGGUGACAUCGGGGCAUCAGGAGUGGGGACAAGUGUACCCUGUCUCUCCACCAAAUGAAGAGAUGGGGGGCCUCACGGUAAGAUCUUCCCUUCUGAAGAGGGCAGGAAGUUGCAAGGAGCUCUGUGGUGCAGAUGCAACCCUCUUACCACGGAGACCUUGUCUAGACCCGGGAACUGCUACGUCUGCAGACAGGGAGGAGACGCCUCGUGAUCUGAAAGCGCAGCAAAGAGAAUCUGAAGCGUUUCCUACUUGUGACGUGAGAUACGGUAGCCGAAGAAUAGAGUUUCUGCUGCCACCGCUAUCUCUCUUGCCCAUGAGAUCUUGUGUCCUCGAUGUGGAAAAGAAUCACAAGUUCCCAAGACACAGGGAGAGAAGAGUCCCAAGCCUCACCCCCUCUGUUCCUAAGCUCUUGGAGCCUCUUAGCCAGUCAGCUGAGUUUAGCUCAUCAAAGAACCAUCAAGAUGUCACAUGGAAGGGACCAGCAGAACAGAGCCUCAGGGCUUCUGACAGUGCCAUUUGGUCUAGAAACUUGUUCUCUUUCCAGAAGUUGAACCAUCCCAGAAGACAGGGGGGAGUGGCGGAGAGUUGGCAAUCCCAGGAAAUGGAAGGAUGGGAAAAAACUGAAACCUCUUGCUUGGAAGAAGGGCGAGCUUUGGUUUCCUGUGAGAGGGUCAGUGAAGGCAACCUUCCCAUGGGGAAGGAGAGGGGUGGUGAGUGCCAUGCUAGUGAGACGAGGAAAGGGGGUGAGGACUCCCAGGAUCCUUCACUGAGCAAAAAAGAGGGCUCAACAGCCAGAGAGUUUGAACAAGAUUCAGAAGUUGUGUACACCACUCUCAGCAAGCCGCUGGUCACCUCGAAUGCAGAAAUAACCCCAGCUGAGGAAAAAGAGAACAGACAUGAGAAAGGUCCUGAUCCCAAAAGCAACUCUUUACCCAAAGCCGGAUCAACGGAACCACACUCUGUGUUAGAAGAGGUUAGUGUUCUUAAGAAUGUACCCGGUAUGAACUCUGAUGGCCCCACUGAAGAGCUCCUAGAAGGUCACAGAGACACAGAACAGAACAAAAAAAUAUCGGCAGAGGAAUCAACCAAACCAGAAACGAAUGGAAUGGUGCCUCUUAUCCAAAUAGCAUUCCCUGGAGAAGAAACACCCAGGGAGCCAGCCACAGCUAAACCAAACCUCCAAAAGAGAAAGCACACAGCACAGAAGAGCAAGAGUUUCAACACACUUGCUCAACAAGAGCAGGACAAACUCCAGGCAAAUACUCACAGAGCCAAGUUGGAGUCAAGGACCAAGGCAAGAAACAGACCACCUCCCACGCUCACCGUUUCUAUUCAAGCUUCCAUUAAGCCCAACAGGCAUACAAACAACAUAAAAACUCAAGUGUUCCCUGCUUUGGAACUCACAGACCCCAGACCUCAUCUGUCGCCCAAGUUUCAAAGGAGAGCGCCUCUGACAGAAAAGAAGAAAUCAACACAUCAGAUCCAGAAAUCCAAAAAGCAAGCAUUUCCUCGAAUCAGUAAAAACUCAGGUAUCAAAAAGCCAAGUGUUCCCCUCUCGGUUGAAACAACAGACCCAAGGCGGCACUUCCUGGAUUUGAAGUAUAGUGACAUGUUCAAAGAAAUCAAUUCGACUUCCAAUGGACCAGGCAUCUACGAGAUGUUUGGGACUCCUAUUUAUAGUCACAUUCGAGAGGCGGAAAGGCAUGAACACAGAUAUUACCAUGAGAUAUGCAGAGCUCCCCCGGGCCGAUGCAUCGCCAGUAAAUGCCAGCCUUCCCAAAGUGACAGAAGUCGCAAUAGCAGAGCAAGACUUCUUCAGAAGAGACCACAUGUUAAACCCCCAAAGUCUUCCCUGGGUCUCAAGGAAAAGCACAGAGGGUUAAUUUCUAAAGAAAAGGGUUGCAAGGCUUCAGGUAGCCAUGCAGAGGGUGGCGUUUCAGAACCAGAUUGGCAGGUGAAAUCUUCAGGAAAUGGCUUUCUGUCUGCCAAAAAUGAAGUUCAACUCUCGAACUUGACGCCAAUCCCUGAGCAAGCCCCUGAAGAGAAAGAAACCCCUCCUGUCUCGAAUCUGUCCAUUGUUGAGGAAAUCUUCCCAGAGGAAGGUGCCGAGGAAGGAGGUAUUUUUGCCAGUGACAUACUGACCCAGAGCCUUGGAGAUCUGAAGGAGCUUGAACAGCGGCACCACCAGACCCUGCUCGUCCCUUCAGAAAACAGCUGGGCUGUGCUGAGCAACAAGAGUUUAGGCAAGCUUGUGUCCCCAGAAACACAGGAUCUAGACCCUCUUGACAAAGUAACUGCUGAGCAGGUGUUCCUCGAUUACCUGGAAUUCGAUAGUCUUUCAGACAAGUCUAAAACACCCGUGAGCCUUUCGAGUUUCUCUUUCCACGAGAACCUAGAAGGCGCACCUUCCCCCACAGAACAACACUGGACACGUUCUUUGGAUCAGGAUAGCUUAGAAAAUAACUCUGUCACUUAUCAAACACUUGGAAAUAGCUCACCAGAAAUCUUAGACCCAGUAAAGAAUGAAGAAUUGACGGAUGAGUUGCUAGGUUGUCUGGUAGAAGAACUGCUCGCACUCGAUGAGACAGAUAACGGCUCCUGCCAAAGAAUGACAAAGGAGGCAGAUGCGGAAAACUUGAACCUUGUCUUUAGUAGCAGAGGGAAUACCAUCGAAGAGUUGGACAGAGAGACAGCAGACGUCAAACUGCAGAGGUGUAUUAAUGGGUUCAGGAUAUAUGACAAGGAGGAAAACUUUCUGAACUCAAAUGAAAAGAAGACACUUUCCGACAAGAGUUUAAAACACGAAGAGGCUGUGUUCUGGACCAAGGGUGAGGUCCUUGGGAGAGGAGCAUACGGCACAGUUUACUGCGGGCUUACCAGCCUAGGGCAGCUGAUCGCUGUAAAGCAGGUGGCCCUGGAUACUUCGGAUAAAUUGGCCACUGAGAAAGAAUACCGGAAGCUGCAGGAGGAGGUGGAUCUGCUGAAGGCUCUGAAGCAUGUAAACAUAGUGGCUUACCUGGGGACAUGCUUGGAAGAGAACACAGUGAGCAUCUUCAUGGAAUUUGUCCCCGGUGGUUCCAUCUCUAGUAUUAUACACCGCUUCGGGCCCCUGCCUGAGAUGGUGUUCUGUAAAUACACAAGACAGAUCCUGCAAGGCGUUGCUUACCUCCAUGAGAACUGUGUGGUCCAUCGAGACAUCAAGGGAAACAACGUCAUGCUCAUGCCAACGGGAACAAUAAAGCUAAUUGACUUCGGCUGUGCCAAGCGUUUGGCCUGGGCAGGCUUAAAUGGCACUCACAGUGACAUGCUGAAGUCCAUGCGCGGGACACCAUACUGGAUGGCCCCUGAGGUCAUCAACGAGUCUGGCUACGGAAGAAAAUCAGAUAUAUGGAGCAUCGGCUGCACGGUGUUUGAAAUGGCCACCGGGAAGCCUCCUCUGGCUUCCAUGGAUAAGAUGGCAGCCAUGUUUUACAUCGGAGCCCAUAGAGGCCUAAUGCCUCCUCUCCCCGACCGGUUCUCAGAAGCUGCUGCAGAUUUUGUGCGUUUGUGCCUGACCAGGGACCAGCACGUGAGACCUUCUGCUCUCCAGCUCUUGAUGCACUCCUUCCUGAAGAGAAGCCAGUGA